AUGGCGUCAGAAUCCGAUGCGCCAAUGGAGAACGCUUUCUUCAUUUUAUUGAUGAGCAUGAACCUUUUGUUACUGAUACGUGCUUCCGGUAACGAGAACAUCUGGUCACGAGAAACUCUUAGGAUAACCAACACCACAGCCAGAUUGAUUGAUGGUAUCUUUUCUUAUCAGGGCGCUGAAACUGGUAUACUUCAUGGCUUAGAUCGCUAUGAUUCGAGUCAAAAUUCGCAUAAAAUUGACAAUUUGCAAGAUAUAACGUCUCGCAAAAUCUUUUAA